AUGGUAAUUUCGCGGAUGACGCCACAGUCUGCUGAUGAGGCCACGUUGGAAAGCGGCAACUACGAGAUUCAUUACCUGAAACUCUCUGUAGUGGUCUAUUUUGUGAUUUGUGAGAAGGGAUACCCACGUAAUUUGGCGUUCUCGUAUCUGAACGAUGUGGCACAGGAGUUCGAGCACUCAUAUGGCCUCGAGAGCACGAAGCCUACCGUGAGACCGUAUGCGUUUGUCAGCUUCGACAACUUUUUGCAAAAGACAAGAAAGACGUACAGCGAUAAGAAAGUGCAAGACAACUUGGACCAAUUGAAUCAGGAGCUCCAUGGGGUUAAACAGAUUAUGUCCAAGAACAUUGAGGAUUUGCUGUACCGAGGCGACUCCCUGGAUAAGAUGAGCGAUCUGAGUGCAUCUUUGAAGGAAAGCUCCAAGAAGUACAGGAAGUCCGCCCAGAAGAUUAAUUUCGAUCUGUUGAUCAGUCAGUACGCACCAAUAGCUAUUGUCGCGUUGUUUUUCGUAUUCCUGAUCUGGUGGAUCUUCCUUAGGUAA